GAGAUCAGAUCAGUAGUCAUGCAUGGCUGGUUUAAUUAUAUUCUUCCCCAUUUCCUUUUUGUCCCUAGCUACACAAUAGAGAAAAGAAUUGUAGUAGAAACCAGUCAAUGUAGGGAAUACUUUUCCCAUGUUCUCCUUGCACACUGUCCCAUAAUUCUGUGAAUUUCCCCACAGCAUCUCUUCUUCUUAAUUUCCUUCCUUCUUUCAUACAAAUUAAUAACAUUAUAUAUUCCUGCCCCUUCCUCUAGAUUCUCUUUCCUUCCUAGCUCCUUCCUCCUUUCUUCUUUUUACAAAUGAGCAACAUACCCUAAUUUGAGAAAUUAGAUCUGUCCGAGCUAGAGUUAGUUAAUUAGGGUUGAUUCAGAUAUGGCAAGAGGAGGGGGAGAUAAAGAGUGGAAGCUGGAUCAAGAUGAUCACACUGAUGAGGAGAUUCCUCCAUCUAUUCAAAAUGGAAAGAGGAGGCUAUUCCAUGAGCAUGAGCUUGAUCUCAGCAAGGAUGUGCGCCAUCAAGAUGCAAAAGAAGAAGAAGAAAAAGAAGAGGAGGAGGGUGAUGAAGAUAGGGGUAGCACGACGGAAUCGGUCGGAGAAAGGAGUUGCGGCAACAAUAAUAAUAAGAUCGAAAAUGAGGACGAGGAGGAAGAUGAAGAAGGCUGUAACAAGAAUGGAGAAGGCAGCAGUGAGAGAUCGGUGCCUUCUGUGAGGCAGUACAACAGAUCUAAAACACCGAGGUUGCGGUGGACGCCGGACCUCCAUCUCUCCUUUGUUCAUGCAGUCGAGAGACUUGGAGGCCAAGACAGAGCCACUCCAAAGUUGGUCCUUCAGAUGAUGAAUGUGAGAGGGCUGAGCAUAGCUCACGUAAAGAGUCAUUUGCAGAUGUACAGAAGCAAGAAACUAGAUGAUUCCGGGAAAGAGAAAAUAAUUAUCUCUUCAGCUUCAUCUCCAAUAGAUUUGCACUUGAGAAGAAGUGAUCAUCCUAGGUUUCAUGAGAUGUUAUACCACAGAGCAGCAGCAGCAGCAUACCAGCCCUUCAGAUUAAUGGAAAAUGGAGGAGGUACUGGAGACGACGGCUACAUCACCAACAGGAGCAUCCAUGAGUGUUCUAAUUCAAGCCAUCUUAAUUACAGCUACAAUCUCCAACCCUCACUGGAUCAAAGCACCAGAAAAUUAGGGCUUCAAGGAUGGGCAUUUAACCAGCAAACACCAGCAAGAGGUACUGGCCUAUUCUUGAAGGAUCAGAAUGGUAUUAACGAAAAGUUUAGAUCUUUAUAUGACAAAUUCUUCGACAAAGAACCCAAAGCAGCUGCAGCAUUAUUCACUACUUCGGCACAUGGAUUCAAUUGGAUUGGUAGUAGCACGCGACCAUUAGCCUCCACUUCUAGUAGCCAUGAUGAUAGCUGCAGCAUCAAGUAUCAAUUCGAUGAUCCAUUUAGACUCGAGCUACAUAAGCAAGAAUUUGCAAGAAGAGAUCAGCAAGAUGCCAAGAAGAAGAAGAAGAAGAGAGCCGCGGAGUACUGGAGUCAUCACGACUUGCAACUGAGUUUGAGGCCGAGCGUGGGAGAUGAUCAUAUUCAUAUCGAUGAAAUGCGAGAAGACAAUUACAAGUGCGAAGAAGAAGCUGAUGACAACAACAAGAAUAGUGUGCUCUCGCUCUCGCUUUCGCUCUCGCUUUCUCCCUCGACUUCAAUGUUCCAAGAAUUAGAUCAACACCGAGAUCACAACAAACUCGAAAUGAUGCAGAAUGGCAGCGGGAAGAAGGCCGGUUCGGGGCCGAGUACUUUAGAUCUGACCAUGUCGAUUAGGGCGUCGGAGUGAGAUCUUUCAAGUACUUGCAUGUCUCAAAAGGUCAUCUUCAAGUAAUUAUAUAUAUAUAUAUCCAUUAAGAGUAGUGACAAUUAAGUUCGAUGCAUCAAAGAAUAAAGAUCUAGCUAGUAGAUUUAAUUUGGUUG